AAUUGUAGCGUUUUUGACGGCAGAACUGACCAACAACUGUGCCCCUAUUGAAGCUGGCUUCGAGUGACAUUGUCUAGCACACUGCUGUGGUGAUAAAGGGUGAACAGAGGUACACCAUGACUGCUGCUCCCGACGCUACAAAGGGCACUGGGACGAAGAGAUCAACGUCACCGCAUGACAGAGUUGUACAGAGGAAGCUAAGUCUGCUGAGAUCUCUGGUGAUCCCAGAUAACUUGGAAUACGAUGCGGUUCAUCAAAAGGCAUUUGAGGAUGCGGAAUCUGAAAAGUCAACGCGCUCACUACGGCAUAGGGACGAGUCGCCCGUAUACUGUGAGACGAGGCCGCGAGCUACAUCAUCGAGUGGUACAAUAUCGAGAAAUUCUCACAAGGCCUGGUUUAGCUCGAACAAGAAUUGUCUCGUAACACAACACACUGCUCAUAAGUUUGUCAUGAAGAUUAAAUAUCAAAGCUCUCAGUUCUACCAGUUCAGAGAGCCUUCACCACUUCGGGAUGAUGAAAAGUUGGACAUAAAGGACAAUGAAAACGACGAUUUCAAUGUCAACGAAGAUGAAGAUGACAACGAAUUGCACUCAGAUGAUGAUGAAGUUCUCUAUAGAGGGGCACUGUCGAAAGAACAGGCCAAAAAUGACAAGACAAUGCCAUCGAAAAGGGAUAGGAUACUAUUUAAGAAACUUUUGAAGAAAUCCGAACCAGAUAGACUAAGAAACAAUACGGUCAUGUUGAACCAAUCUGUUAGAGAUGAUCCCUUUGCACAGAGCUCAAAGAUCAAAUUCAUUCAAUUCAAGGACUAUGAGAUUCAGACUUGGUACACCGCGCCUUACCCUGAGGAAUACAGCAAGAAUCAAAUGCUCUAUAUAUGUGAGCAUUGUCUCAAGUACAUGUCUUCGAAGUACAUACUGCAUCGUCAUAAGUUGAAAUGUGAUAUGUUUCACCCUCCAGGAACAGAGAUUUACAGACACGGCAACAACUCGAUUUUCGAGAUUGAUGGCAGAAAGAAUGUCAUAUAUUGUCAAAAUUUGUGUCUAUUGGCCAAACUGUUUUUGAACUCAAAGACUUUAUACUAUGACGUUGAGCCCUUUAUGUUCUACGUCUUGACUGAACACGAUCCAAUAACAAACCAUCACCAUUUUGUUGGUUAUUUCUCGAAGGAGAAGCUGAAUUCGACAAACUACAACCUCAGUUGUAUUAUCACGUUGCCUAUAUACCAAAGAAAAGGCUAUGGUAAUUUGUUGAUUGAUUUUUCUUAUCUGCUAAGUCGCCGUGAGUUCAAACAAGGCACACCUGAAAAGCCAUUGAGUGAUCUGGGUCUUGUGAGUUAUAGGAAUUACUGGAAAGUCACUAUUGCUUACACCUUGAAGAGGCUUUCAAAGAACAGGUCCAACUUCAACGUUUCAUUGAGUCAGUUGUCUAGUCUUACAGGCUUGACCACUUCUGAUGUGGUUGUUGGAUUGGAGCAGUGUGAUGCACUUUUAUACAAUGCAGAGUUGAGCAAAUAUGCUAUAAGCAUUGAUUUAUCCGUAUUGGAUGAAAUUACUCAGACUUGGGAAAAUAAAAACUAUGUGACUUUGGAGCCUUCAGCUCUUUUGUGGAAGCCACUCAUCUUUGGUCCAUCUGGUGGUAUUAACCAAGUUGGUCUUGGGCCUUCUAAUUUGGAGACGAGUGUCAAAUCUACAAAGAUGGUCAGUGACAUUGUUAAGCCUGACCCUAUGAGAGAUAGUAUUGCAAUCCUGGCAAAUUUCUUGCACGAUGAUUUGAAUGAUCCACGCACAGCAGAAGAACAGAUACUUAAUGAGAUCAACGAGCAUAACCUUUCCAAUGGUAAGGUAGAGGUGUUACAAGGCUAUAGGCAUUGCUACCCUGGGAAACGAGAUGCUUCCAAACGGAACCGAAAGAUAAGAAAUGGUGCCAAAUCCGAAGAAGAUGAUGGAUUUAUUGAUAUCAAGACAGUGCUUCCUGAUGAUUCGGAUUUUGUCAGCGAUCAAUCUUCUAAAGACGAGGAUUUUGAGGAAAGUGAGGAGGACGAAGAGGAAGAAGACGACAGCGACGUAUCAGCGGGGGAGAGAGAUGAUACGAUAAGUCUCGGUCUUGGAGAGGAAGAACGGGCCAACGCUAUGGAUUUGAAGAAGAAGAGCAUCAAAUUCAGGGCAAGUCAUAGAAUACAAAAGAAGAACCUCGAGCAAUUGGCAUCUGUAAAGUCAACGAGGAGAAGACUACGGCACUCAAGCCCAACCAUAUAAUCACAACCUAUAGGUAUCAACUAAUGAUUAGACUUUCUGACUAGAUCA